AUGCCACAGCGAGCAUACGAACUCUGCACAGAAGUGUCGCCGCAAUGCCCCGUCGAAGCGACAACGUACGGCUACGCGCCCAAUCUGGCGGCGGAUGUGCUGUUCCUCGUCAUCUUCGCCGCGUGCGCGGUCGUGCAGGCGGUUGCUGGGUUGAAGUAUAAGAUUCGGGGCUUCGCCAUAGCCAUCUCCUUCGGCUCCGCCCUCGAAGCCGUCGGCUACGGCGGCCGCAUCAUGCUGCACUACAACGCCUGGGACAGCAACGGCUUCAAGAUCCAAAUCAUCUGCAUCGUCAUCGCGCCCUCCUUCCUCGCCGCCGGUCUCUACCUGACCCUCAAACACCUCGUCAACUUCCUCGGGCCAGAAAACUCCCGGCUCAAACCACGUCUCUACCCCUGGAUCUUCGUGAGCUGCGACUUCUUUUCCAUCAUCCUGCAAGCCGUCGGCGGGGGGAUCGCGGCCUCGAAUAACACCGCCCUGAUCGAUGUCGGAAACCAUGUGAUUGUGGCCGGGAUUGCGUUCCAGGUGGCGACGAUGUUUGUGUGUAUCUGUCUGGCCGCGGAUUUCGGGUGGCGGAGUCUGAAGUCGCGGCGGAGGAAGACGAUGGGGGAUGUGGACCAGGGGCCGAGCACGAGGGAUGUCAAGGGCGGCAGGGCGUGGUUCAAGUUUAGCUGUUUUGCGCUGGCGGGGGCGUUUAUGGCGAUUUUCAUCAGGUGUAUUUACAGGAUUCCCGAGAUGUCUGGGGGUUGGGGCAGUCCGCGGAUGCAGGAUGAGGUGGCGUUUUUGAUACUGGAUUCUGCGUAA